AUGAGUGAGUCUGAGCGUCGACAGAUAGGAUAUAACAGCCUCUUGGAAGCAGAUGGACAAAAUCAAUCGUCAGAAGCGACAAACAGUGAGCCAGUGCAAGCAAGUAAUAUUUCACUUUGCAAGCGAAUCGUGAUAUGGAGAAGAUACCUAAUAUUGAUUUUAACGCCGAUAUUACUCAUGCCUCUUCCGAUCGCAGUACCUGGAAGGGUAAGAAGAAUUUGCUUUUUUAUAUGUUGGUGUACAGGAGUUUCUUAUUGUAAACAAUACACACUAACUAGAUGGUACUGAAUAGUGAAAAAGACUGAAAUGUCAAAUCGUACGAAAGUGAAUCGUGUUCGGGUUAAGGUUAGGCCGGAAAUAGUUCUGCUCCUUAUCUUAAAGUGUCGAGAAGAUGAUGUCUUCUUGCGGAAACGUCAGAACGCUUUCUUUUGUAUUAUCACGGUCAGCUGUUAGUAACGCAUUUUUAUCUGUUUAAUUUACGAAAGCCUUCUUUCGACGUCUUCGACAGAUGCCGCAUGAAUUCAAACAAAAUUCAACUUCACAAAUCACAACAUUAGCCUUGAAUGUUCAAAACUGAUCGAGCGUUUUCGGUGUUCUCUUGCUCAACCCGGGAUAGGAGCGGGGUGGGGGGUGGACGACAUCCAUGUAAAGAUGACAGGGAUGCUCGUUGUCUAGCCGAGGGGUAAAAAUUGCAGAUUUCUAUUUUACCUGUUCAGGACGGGAAAAUGAUAUUUACAGCUGUAAAGAUAUCACUUGGGGUUGUGCAUAAAGACAUAUCUAUAAAACAAUUCAGCAAUCAAAUGCCUAUAUAUUGCGUUGACUAUGGUCUUCUUUAGGCCGGAGUCAAAUAAAGUCGAUCGUCGGAUCGAGCAAAGCCCAGAUUGGUCUCCCGUUGCAUCCAAGCCUCUUUCCUAUAGGAGUUCGUCGGGGCGCCUAACUCCCCGGAACACAAUAUCAGUAAUCUUAGUCAGCAGUUAUGUAGAGGUCUACCCAGACGAAAAUUCUCAACUAGGAAACUUUAGAAAAGCCCGGAUACUUUUGAGCGUGUAUAAUUAAUCAAUUUUUCAGGAAGCGCGGUGUGCAUACUGUAUACUCAUCAUGGCGGUAUACUGGGUGACCGAGGUUGUGGAGCUGGCUGUCACCGCUCUCCUUCCGUUGGUUCUGUUUCCGUUAUUUGGUGUCCUUGGAUCCAAACAAGUCUCUACUCCUNGUGGAGCUGGCUGUCACCGCUCUCCUUCCGUUGGUUCUGUUUCCGUUAUUUGGUGUCCUUGGAUCCAAACAAGUCUCUACUCCUUACUUCAAGGACACAAACGUACUCUUCUUGGGAGGCUUGAUUGUUGCAGUCGCUGUGGAACAAUGGAAUUUACACAAACGGAUCGCUCUUCGAAUUCUCUUAUUGGUGGGAGUUCAGCCUCGACGGUAGGUUAAUUGUGUACCGUUUAAAAACCAACGGUAGUGGUAUUUCUUUACGAUUAAAGUACGCAGUACUACAACCAGUAGCAACUGCCUGUAGCAUUGAGUAACCAAUCUUAUUGAGCCACAUGAACAGUAGGUUUAUUUAAUUUACGAAUCUGUUGGUCAGUUCACACAACUGCUUUAGUUUCGGUUUGCGUUACUUAAGCUAAUAAGAUAAUCCGAUUGAAAAUUUAGCCAUGGGCAGACGUAAAAUAUUGAAAUGAGUUGUGAUCGAUAAGCAAAAGUAUUUUUGUUCAACGUAAAACUAAUGAUGAGGAUAAUGAUGAUGUUGGUGACGAUGAUGAUGAUGACGACUAUGAUGAUAGCCAGUGUCUAGUGGGCAAUACUCUCACACGCCAUGCGGGAACGACAUAUUAGCGGGAUGUCUUGUACGGACGCAAACUUUCAAGGGAAGAUAAUAUUCCUGAACUGGGAAAAGUUUGAACCCACUAAUCAUUUCAUAAGUAGGUUGAGCAAGAUCGUCCGGGUGAACGCAGUCAUGAAUAGGACUGUUGUUGACAGUGACUGACUUUUCCACAACCUGAGCGGUAGUCAUCGUCAGAAAACUCUGAAAUUGACUACUGCACAGGUUGUCGAGACGUCAGUCACUGUCAACAACAACAGUCCUAUUCAAGACCACGUUCACCCGGACGAUCAUGCUCAACCUACUUAUGAGUAUCGAUUAUGAGUAUUCCUGAAGUUAUUUCGUACUAUCACGAUUUUAUCGAGAGGUAGUAGAACAGAGAACUAGAAAAUCUGGAAAGGAAGUUGUGGACCUCGGACGUUCAUAUGGUGAAACUAUCAGGUUCAUAUGGGAAGAUAGCUUUAUUUUGUAAUGUUAAAAUCAACUCUUCUUUUGUCCAUGUUUACAGGUUAAUGCUCGGCGUAAUGUUGACUACAGGGUUUCUUUCCAUGUGGAUAAGCAAUACUGCCACUACCGCCAUGAUGGUGCCUAUUGUCGAGGCAGUAUUGAGAGAAAUUAGAAACAAAAGCAUAAAGAAUAGAUUGCAGAAGAAGGACUUUGGCGAGAACAUUCAGGCGGAUGAGGUAAGAAAGCAGGCGACCCCAGUUUGCUCUGUCAUCCGAAAACCAGCCGGAAGACAAAAGACUAUUUAACAUAUUCUAUAUAAAAAUCCAGUAUCAUGACAGGCGCGGAACCAGAAAAUCUGAAAAGGGAACCAGCAGACUUGCCAGUUAGUAACAUGCGAUAUUAGUGUAUAUUCUAACGAUCCCUGAAAGCAUCCCAAAGACUCCACUGAGUUCAGACAAAGAGGGAGGGGCCGUAGCCCCUGGCACUAUUUUAAAUUCGCCCCAUAUGCAGCGAUCACUUUGAAACCAGGUUACAUGUAAACUGUUGUAGGAAUGAUUGCUACUAUCAAAAAGAUCAUUGACGAGUUGUUUCCAUUUAUCUCUACCAUCGCUGAACUUUCUUUUCAAUGAUCCUUACGAUGACAGGGAUGGUCGGUAGCAUUCACGAGGAAACCAUACCGGACUUUAAGGCAAAAAGAAAUAUUCAAAAACUUUAGAUUUACUUCUCAAGUAGUUGAAUGGUGAUUCUUUAGCAAGGCCGUUCGAGACAAAUCCAUGCACUGAGAGAUUGAACCAAAUAGUUUACCAUGACAACAGUACUAGCAGGAAAGUUUUCCUAAGUAGUUGUGGCUUGGAGUUUUAAAAGGCUCUUACUACAAAAAUACACUAUGAUAAAUCUGACAGAUGGCGUUUUUGCUUCUGCAACGGAAAAAAUGCUUUUCCCCAAACAAUAAUCCGGCUGCUUUCGUAACCUGAAGUGAGGAGUUACGUCUUUCCAGAAGUGCGUCACCUAAAAUCAUGUCAGUUGUGUAAAAUACAUUGUACUUCUCUUGAAUUGUAAGCUGCAGCAGGCCAUUCCGGCGAACGCAUCCUUUGAACUUGCCGAAAUAAAUGAGAAUCGGGAAAAGGAAGAUACUGAGAAGACGACAGCAGCAGCUCAGGAUGCUGAAAUCACCAGCAAGGGUGGGAAGACCUCUGACAGCAAAGACGCUGGUGGCCCCGUCAAAAUAGGAGAAAGGUGCUUACGGUUUCGGGAAUAACUUUUCACGCCCACUAACUUGCUAACCAAGGGAAAAGGUGCUCAGUAGAUAUAAGCCAAACAAUAAGUGCCAUGUCAUAAGUCUUUUUGGGCUCAACGUUAACAAAGUGCGAAUAACUGAAGUUUCUGACUAGAGUGUAUCUCUGUUUUAUUAUGCUAGGCCAAUGAGAGUAUCGACGCCUUAAAGUUGCUCUAUUUGUUGACUGAAGUGUAUUUUAUCAUGUUAUGCUAAUGACAGUAUCGAAUGCCUUAAAGUUACUCCAUUUGUUUUUGUUUUUAGAUCAUCAGUAAAUUAUUUUCAAGAAGAUAGUGAUAUUGAGGUAGGUCCUUGUUGAUGGGUACAUGCAUGCAUCGCCUGGAAUGAUGAUGUAAGGCGGCCCACUCACUUUGACUCUUCUAACUGGUAUCUUGAAAUAAGCCUGUUGGACAUGCUGGAUCAUCACCAAGAAUGCGACUCAAGUCUAAUUAGCCUUUUAACAAUCGAUAUAGCCUGUUCCAGUCUCCAAGAAAGUGACGAAAGCGGAUCCAGAAAAGUUCCGCGAAAACCGAGUGGGAGCUGGAGUAGUGGAGUAGUGGAGCCUGUAAGCACUGUUUUCAAUACCUCAUUCCGGUAUACCAGCUCCUGAUAUACCCUAUGAUUGGUCAAUUGCGACAAUUUACUUCAACACUUACGUAAAUCAUUUGGCUUCGCGCGCACAGAGUUUAACAAACAAGUCGAGCACUGAAACCCGCCUACAAUGCACCUUUUGACGUUCUGACAUUUUGACACGAGAAACAGUUUUUCAGGAUGGGGGGGGGGGGGGGGGAUGGGGCAUUGUUGGGUUUUUAAAAAAAUCGCCCCCCCUUCUCUUUCCGCCCUUUUAUCCGCCAAUCCUUGUUCUGCCCCUCCCCGCCCUCCCCCGGACGGCUCUCGCCGCGCAAACACCUUGCACAACUGUGCUUGUGGAACAGCGAGGCGACACUUUGCGGUGCACCCGUUUGGUUAAGAGAGAUACAUGAACACAGAACGCCGCGACGCACCCCUCACUCGGUCGUUCUGUUGUUGGGUCGUUUUACAACGCAGAAGUGGUGUUGGGGGGGGGGGGGGGGGGGGGGGUAGUGAGCUGAUUUAGGUAUUUGAAAAGAUGCUCCUCCUUCUAUCUUCUCGCCGUUAAUCGCUCAAUCCGUUUUUGCGCUCAUCCGCACUGACCGCGAGAGCCUUGCACGGGCUAACAACCUAUACAGAAGUCGUGAUUGGAAACAGAGUGGCUACAUUACGGUGUACCAUCAGUUGAUGGCUAAUUAAACCGCAAUAUCAACAGAAACGUCCAGAUUUUAUUGUCUCUGACUACUUCGCCUUCAUCCGGGUGGGGUGGUUCAACCAUAUAAUUCUGUAUGAAAAUAACCCUGAAAUGUCUGACAUUAAAUUUGAGGAGAUUUCAUUUUCAGAACGCCGAGACUCAUUAUUACAACAGAUUUUGCAAAGGCAUGAUGUUAGCUGUUGCUUACGCUGCUAAUGUUGGUGGUACUGCCACGCUGACGGGAACUGGUCCAAAUCUUGUGUUUGGUGGACAGGUUAACCAGUAAGUCAUUUUACAUCAGUAGGCCGUAAUUUUUCUCGCAGAAAAUAAUAUAGGUGCUGUGUUAAUAAACGAGGGUCUGGAUGGGGUUAACUGACAACUGACAAAUGGCCAAAAUUUUAACUGACAACUGACAGAUUGCUUAAAAUUUGACUGACAACUAACAUUUGUCUUGGCAAAGGUUUUACUGACAAAUGACAAAGGUCCUGAUCGUCCUUUAUUUUCUACAAAACCCAUUUUUAAGACCUUUUAGUAGCAUUGUUUCACUCUUUUCGUCAGACAAUUAAUUUGAUAAAAUGUGCGUUUAUUUGGGUAAUCUUAGUUUUCGAAUUCAGUGUUUAAUUUGCAUUAUGUAUGCCUUUUUAGAUAAAUUUCGGAUUAGAAAUAAACAAAUAAGAUCCAUAUAUAGUUAAUUAUUUACAAUCAUUUCACUGACAACUGACAAAUGACCUAAAAUUCAACAGACAACUGACAAACGGCCAAAAUUUAAACUGACAACUGAUAUUUUACCCCAUUCCAUACUAAAUUAUUAAUAAUCAUUUAACUGACAUUUGACAAAUGACCUAAAAUUCGAUUGACAACUGACAAAUGGACAAAAUUUUAACUACUGACAACUGACAUUUCUACCCCAUCCAGACGCUCAUAAAACAAGUCUGUAUAAUCAACUGUAUUUUUUUACAGGAACCUCCUCCGUUGUAAGAAAUUACUACCUUUAGUAUACAGUAUUGAUUGGUCUAGAGAUAAGAUAACUGCCUUCGACAAUUACCUGCUCAUGCGCAGUAUGUAAAAAGGCCGGGCUUUUCUGCUGCAGAAAAUGCUCUGGUCGUGCGCAGUUUGAUAGGGGUGUUGUAUUUUCUCGACCUUUACUGGCAAUAUUGAUGUCUAAGAACAAAGUUCAUCAUUUCAAAGUGCUCCAAAAUCAAGUACAGUUCAAUUCUAGCCUCUUCCUAAAUGCUCGUAAAAAAGUUUGGAGGUUUUCGGUCGAUCUCAUAAUCUACAGCAACUGAAAAUGUUGUUAAUGAGAUAAUUGAGAUAACUUCUUCUAAUUGCCUCUAAGCGUUUCUGACUGAAACUUGCAACCCGUUUAGUUCAAUUUCGAAAAAGGUUUCAGUAAAUCACCUUUAUAAUCAAUUAACACUUAAUGUUUUCCAGUCUUUUCCCCGAGAGUCCCGGCUUCAGCUUUGCCAUGUGGUUUGGUUACUCAUUUCCUCAAAUGGUUAUCCUUCUGUUUGUUGCUUGGAUCUGGAUUCAGCUAUUAUUCUUAGGAUUCAAGUAAGUCAUAGUUUGUAGCACCUUUGAGAGUGAUUUCCCUGUUAGGUGGUGUCUAUGGAUGAACCAGAAACGUUCUAUUUCACCUACAUAAGAACCUCAAAACCGAACUGAUAAUCCUGGAAUAAAACCAAGAGGAAGCCACGAAGAUGAACAAUAGUUCAAUAUCCGAUCUCAGGCUAUUUUGUUCUUGGAAGGCUCUAUAAAACUUUUAACUAAAACCUAACACGCAUAGAUAUUUUCUAUUUGCCUUUCCAUUUAGCUUCCGUAAAUGUUUUCACAAGUAUGUCUCCAAGGAGCGAAGAUCACGGAACAGAGUCAACCAGCAAACAAAGGUCGUCAGAGAGCUUUUGGAGAAUCAGUACCGAGCACUAGGACCAAUGUCGUAAGAUUAACAAAAAUAAAUCUUGUAUAUGGUUACAAAAACUUGUAUAAUGUAGUUAUCCGCACAUCAUAUCCGUGUCCAAGGAUAGAACCCCUUCAGAAUUUCUCUUUAUUUGUUUCGAUUCUUGUAUUUCUAAUAAGGUUUGCUGAGAAAGCCGUCCUUGGUCAUUUCAUCCUGUUAGCGUUGCUGUGGCUGUUUCGUGAACCCAAAUUUAUGGACGGAUGGUCCAUAGCAUUCAAAAAAGGGUAAGUGUGCGUUACUUGCUUUAUUGAUAACAUCAAUGUGACACCUUCAUAAAUUUAACUUGCUCUUUUUUCCAGCUACGUUAGAGACGCCACAGCAGCGAUGACGGUAGCGUUCUCACUGUUUGUAUUCCCUUCACAAAGACCAAGAACCUUUGCUCUUGAUGGAUCAGGUAAUAAAAAAAUAACAAAAUGCUGAAUGUUGAGUCGAAACAACUUUUGAAUUUACUUUCUAACUUUCUAAAAGAUUGAAAGCCAACCAAACGCAGGAAGAGCGCGGCAUAUAGCUUCCCGCCAAGAGACACAACGUGCGGGAGGGCGACAUUACUUCAUAAGUCCGAAGAAGUUUAUAUGGACAUAGCUCAUACUAGUAACAAUGAAUACACCUGGUCAUAUGUGGUUGUAAGUGAUUUAAAUGAGAUAUUUGAACCAAUGAAUACAUAUAAUCGAUAUAUACUCGGUACAGGUACACAGUGGAAAGGCAUGAUAAACUUGAGACUUCCGCCGGAGUAUUUGGCAACGUCCAUAUGGAUGGUUCCUGAUUUUCUAACGAAGUAAUUCAUUUUAUGAUGCUUUUUAUGAUGCUAUGGUCAUCCAUAUGAUGUGUAAGUGUCAUCCAUAUUAGGGAACAGGAAUUAUCGUGAUGCUGUUUGUUAAUAGCCGAGUUGUUCAAAGCUGGGCUAAGAUAACCCAGGGUUAGUGCGAGAUUUGAAUUCAGAUUUGAAAGCUUAAAAAGCAUUUCAGUUUUAAUUCUAUUUGUCUACAUGUUGAUGAUUGGAAGCUCUAAAAAUAAAGGAGAAAAUUAUCCAAGAAAACGCUUUUGAGCACAAGAAAAAGAAACCAGGGUUAAAUUUAACCCCAAGUUAAGCGCUGAUCGGCCUUCGAACAACUGGGCCCAUUGGUGUACAGGGUUUUUUACUACAACCAGUACUCGAUACAGUAUAAGGAAUAAAAUUUCAGGUUUGGUCCAGAUUUAUAAGGUUUAUUCGUGCGGGUAUGUUUUCUAUAGUGAACAAGCUGCCAUCCGGUCUACUGGAGUUCAGAACCAUGUGUAAGAAGUUUCCAUGGCAUCUUGUUAUUCUGCUUGGUAGUGGAUUUGCUCUGGCGGAGGCUUGCAAGGUAGGUAUAUGCCAACCUCGUUCCCAGGACCCUCUCCCACUCGAGCCCGGGAGCGAGAGACAAAGAGACAGUUUGCUCUCUCUCUCUCUCUCUAAACAAUGACAUGUCAUUCUUCCAAUUAUUUUAGUAUUGUUUGGCUUCUCUUCCGAGCAGCUGCUACAUGACCCCUCUCUCCCUCGCUGCGACGGACGAGUAGGAGAGGACCCUGGCAACGAAGUUGCUCAUAUGCGAUAAAACUGUUUUAUACAACUAAUAUUCACUCUUAGAUGAAUAAUCUGCUCCAUGGUGAAAAUCUUCAUUUACCCACCGCUUUACCAAGUUUUUUUUUCUACGUGAGGAAAAAGAUAUAGCGCAGAAUGCGAUAAGACAGAUGGAGAGAUGGUGGGCCAAGUUACUAGACAGGGGAAGGCGGUCGAACUAAUUUGUGAUACACUCCGGCUUUAUCUACGUCUUUCACUUAUAGUUAGUUCUGAGAACCUGUGCCAUAGUCUUAACCUUAUGAGACUCUGGACGAAGUCCUGUGGUGUUAGUUAUAACUCAAAUGAACCCUCUUCCAUUCAGCAGUACUUUAAAGUUAAACAAUAAGUAAUGUGUCUGGAGUUUUGGAAUUUAAUAGUUUUGAUUUUGACUUGUUUUCAGGAGUCCGGCCUGUCAGAAUGGGUAGGAACACAGUUGAAACACCUCGACGCCAUCCCACCAGUUGCGAUCGUAAUCUGUAUUUGUGUAAUGAUCACCACUUUCACUGAAUUUACGUCGAAUGUAGCAACCGCGACAAUAUUUUUACCGAUAUUGGCCUUCUUGGUGAGUGCUACUUGGAGAGAGGAAGCGCAAUUCUAG